UCAAAGCCGUAAGGCACAUGUACUCACUGUUUUCAAAUUUCAAAAAGGCGCUCUCUUCUCUGUGUUUCUCCACAUUCGGCCCCUUCAACACCGCUGCAUUUUCGCCUCAGGGAAGUAUUUUGAGUAUUACAAUCAAUGGCAAAUGAAAAUGGCACAAAUAGUUACGAGGAGGUCCGAAGGCAAAGGGUUCUGGACAAUAAGAAACGAUUCGAGGAUCUGGGGAUUUUGAAUAUAUCUAAAAACCUUUCUGAUCUUGCAAAGUCCGAGAAGAAGUCCGAAAAGAAAUAUGAGGUAACCCGAGUUAGACAAAAAGCAAACGAUGUUUACAUGUUGGAGCCAAGAAGGUCUGGACGGGCUAGAAAUCCUGUUCCAUCAUACCGCGAUGAUAUUGAUAUGGAACUUCCAUCUUUUCGGAAAAGAUCAAAAUUGAGUUCCUCAUGGGCAAGUUAUCUAGCAAGACCGUUGGAAGAAGUAAAACUUGCUUCAUGUCAAGAGAGAGCACAAGCUAUCAAAAGUGCAGAAAAGCUCCAGAGCAAUCUACAGUCUGGAAAUCCAUCUUUUAUCAAGUCUAUGGUCCGAUCUCACGUCUACAGUUGUUUCUGGUUGGGACUUCCUACAAGAUUUUGUGAAGAUCAUCUUCCCAAGUCUACCGUAGAUGUUCUGUUAGUGGAUGAGGAAGGUUCAGAGUAUGAAGCUCUCUUUAUUGGCAAAAGAACUGGACUAAGCGGAGGAUGGAGAGCAUUUGCGCUAGAUCAUAAGCUGGAUGAUGGGGAUGCUCUAGUAUUUGAAUUGGUUGAGGCAACAAAAUUCAAGGUGUAUAUAGUUCGGGCAUCCGAUUGUUCAAGUAGAGAGGAUAAAUCUGGUGCAGAAAAAGGAGAGAAUGAAGCUGAAGAAACAUCAAAGAGUGUGACAAAGAAAAGAAAGAAAAGUAGCAAUCAAUCAGAAGUUCCAACGGCAGCUAAAGAAGAGAUUUCUGUAGUGGCUUCAGCCACGAGACGCAGUACUAGAAGAAAGUAAAGAAGCAUCAUUUUGUAGGCAUGUUAAAAAUUUAGCCUUUGUUGAGGUAAGCAUAUCAAGUUUACUGAAACAAUGUGCAAGACAUGUUCAAAACUAAUCUUGACAUUGGCACUAAUGGUACGUAAAUGUAGCUCGUUGUUCAAACAACUAUUCAGAGUUCCUAGAGCUCCUCGUAAGGCUUAUGAAAGAAAUACAACUGCAGCUCUUUUGCACAAA